CACUAUCUUCAGGUGGAAUUUGGAAUUUGAAAGCUACUGCAACUACAACAAGGGUUUUGGUGUCAAUCUCUCUCUAGCACAAGGCAGUGUAAACACAUGGUACCAAAAAGGACACGACCCCAAGUGACGGAAUUGGGUGCCCCCAUUUGAGUUCCCCGCCGAAUGAUUGGGAAUGAGCGCCAUUGGGAACCGAGAACCAGUUGUGAUGCGUAUCGCGUCUCUGCGAAACCCUAAAUCCUUGCCUUUCUUGUCUUCUCUCCAUCCUGCCUUGCUUGCUUCCUUCCCUCAGUGAAGCCUCUGUCCACAUUGGUCGCGUCCCUCCAAUUCCGCAGCUAUGGCAGUUAAGCUUCAGCCCGUUCAAGUACUCUACUGCCCUGUUUGCUCGAUGCCGGCGGAGUAUUGCGAGUUCAGUCCCGAUUUCGAGAAGUGCAAGCCUUGGCUUAUCAAGAACGUGCCGGAUUUGUAUCCGCAACUAGUGAAAGAGGCUGCUGAGAAAACAGCAGAACAAUUGGAUGGUCUGACUGUAGGAGGAGAGAAUGCUGGUGCUAAAGGAGAAGGAAGUUCAUCCGAGCCGAAAAAAGAAGAUGAAGUCAAGAGGCUACCGGGUGGGAAAGUGAAGAAAAAGGAAAAACCUGAGGUGGUCGUGGAGAAAAUAGUCAGAAACAAGCGUAAAUGUGUAACUAUCAUAAAGGGCCUCGAUAUGUUUGGAAUCAAGUUGAGUGAAGCUUCCAAGAAAUUGGGAAAGAAAUUUGCGAGUGGUGCUUCUGUUGUGAAGGGCCCAACUGAGAAAGAACAAAUAGAUGUUCAAGGAGAUAUCAUGUAUGACAUUGUGGAGUUCAUCACAGACACUUGGAAGAAUGUUCCAGAAUCGGCAAUUUACUUCAUUGAAGAUGGAAAGAAAGUUUCAGCCAGUGGGUAGGGUUGCUAAGUUAGCUCGUGUAUUAUUUAAACUCUCAAAGGAGGGUUAUCGUAGCUCUAGUGGAGUGCCACAUGGUCACGUUAUGUUGAACCUGAGCUGGGAAAAUACGACUUUCAAGGCAUGUGAUUUGUAUCAGUCAAGAAUGCCUUACUUUUUAUUUUUUUUUAAUGAGGCAAUUUUGCUUGUUUUCUGGUCCUGUGAAAUCCAAUGCGAAUAAAAAAUUCCUACUCUCUUGUUCUACCCCAUCGUUAGAGUAGACGCAUUUCCUCCAUUAUAAUUUCACGCGGUCGGCUAGGUUCCAGAGGUUUAAUUAAGUGUGGAAGAACGAUAUAGCUUUGUAUUUAAAAAGUGCUAUUUUAAUGUCCAGCUUCACAACCA